GUCAACAUGGCUGUCAAAUUGGCAAGUUUAUCAUACUGACACAAUGGAAGUAGACAAAACUACAUGAAUAAAUAUGUAUUUUCCCGUUGGUUGGCCAAAAUAUAUAAAGCAGCCCUACAGCGAUUUGAGGGAGCCAUGUCAUAUAAUUUCAAGCUGUGACCGCAUGCUUUUUGCCAUUGUCUCUGAAGAAGAAAUAAGCAUUUGGUAUUGCAAGCCUGCUGUCCAGAUAGUCAGUUACACACAGUCAGAGAAGAAUUUAGAAAAAUAUGGAAGAUACUGCAGAGCGGAAUGGAAACCAGAUUCUGCUGCUCUUGCUGUUAUUACAAGCAACUCUUACAUUGUGUUGUUCAAAGUUGACCUUGACAUCUCUGUACCAAAUCAUCACUGUCUCUAUGUAACUGCAGAAAGCAGCACAAGAGCCCAUAAUUAUCUGGAAGGGAAUGGAUUUGUGGAUGGUAACAGUGUUCCUGCUAUAAAACUGACCCGACAGAAACAUGUGAAACUGACUGCAAAUAUAACAUGCUGUCUGAGUAUACGAGAGGAGCUGGCUGUGGCCACGGAGGACAGUUUCCUUACACGUAUUCACUGGAGCGGAACAGAGAACACGAAAGCUUCAGUAUGUCUCAAAGAUCUUUCAGUAGCGGCAGACAUGUUACAGUCCAGAGGAAACAAAUUAACCCUGGACGAUGGUCAUGUGAUACAGAUGGAAUACAGUCCUAUCAUUGGAGGAUACUGCCUGGUGCUGUCCUCUGGGAAGGCCAUGUUGAUGAUGUCACUCUCUGCAAGAGGCAAUGACAGUAACUCCUCAGGUGUUUGGGCCACUAACAUGAAUGAUGCUGAAUGUCAGGCUGUGAAUCAUAGAUAUAGGCUGAUAGCCUAUGGUUGUGCUGGUGCUUAUGGUGUAAUAUAUACAAUAAAUGAAGUUGAAGGGCUACUGGAAGCCUCACACAGACUACAGGUCUCAUGUAAAAAUUUCCCAACAUUGAGUAAAACGGUUGGUGCUGUGACAUGUUUGCGAUGGACUCCAGAUGGUACAGCAUUAGCUAUGGCAUGGAAGAAGGGAGGCUUUGCUCUAUGGAGUGUGUUCGGAUCUCUGCUUGCCUGUACUGUGGGCGGUGACUACAGAUGUGAUAAACAGAUAUCAGAAUGUAAUGACUGUAGUUUUACCAAAGAUUAUCUACGAUUAUUUCCGCCAUCUGUCAAAGCAAUGGAGUGGGGCCUAGAAGGGUACCAGCUGUGGAUGAUUGGUUCCCAGUGUAGCGAGGGAGAUGAGAAUGGGCAGUAUGCUACAGUGGAUCACACAGACAUAUUUCAGUUACAAUUUGCCAAAAGUUCUCUCACUGUCAAUCCUUGCAUGACAAAUCAUGAACAUGUGUUCCUGCAAGGAGAAGACAAAUUGUAUUUAAACACGGGUGACAUCACAUCAAAGUCUAGUCAGUAUGGAGGUUGUGAGUCACAUAUACUUGUGGGCAGCAAACAAUGGCAGAUUAUUCCUAUCUCUCACAGUUACUUGGCCAGUAAUUGGCCAAUUAGGUAUUCGUGUGUAGACAAGGCAGGCCAAUGUGUUGCUGUAGCUGGUAAAACAGGGUUAGCUCAUUAUGCACUUUUUAACAGGAAGUGGAAACUUUUUGGAAACGAAACUCAGGAAAGGGAUAUGGUUGUAUCAGGAGGGAUCACAUGGUGGAAGGAUUUUAUUUGUGUGGCAUGCUAUAACAUUAUAGGUCACAGAGAUGAGAUACGCUGUUACCCAAGGGAGAGUAAAUUAGACAAUACAUUUGCUAAUAUACAGAAAGUGCCCUCCCAAGUUCUGUUGAUAAACAUAUUCAAGGACACUCUUUUAGUGUUUUGUGUGGACUCUCAUGUUAUGAUAUUCAAUCUAGAGAGGAAUAAUACUCAGUCAAAUCCUACAGUGGAUAUAUCAAAAAUACAAGAAGUUGGCCUCAGUAAUUAUAUACCCCACCCAGUCUGUGUAACCGGAAUUGUUUUCACUUCUCUCAAAAUAGAUGUUGCACCUCUUGUAGCUAGUCAGCGACCAGUACAAUCAGCCAAAGAGACAGAAAGUCUGUUACUGAAUGUGGCAGGAAAACUUCUUGUGUUCCAGAGAGAUCGCAGUGGUCCACAGAUCAAACAGAAAGAAAAAUCAUCUCCACAGAAAGCUAAACCAUUGCCAUUCUCCUCACCUUCAGUAGUUGCUACAAAUGUAGAGAAUCUAUGGACCACAUCACGCUCAGUGACGGGUAAACUUCAGCUUACAGAAGCCUUGUGGCUCAGCUGUGGAUGUCAGGGUAUGAAGGUUUGGUUACCUAUUCUCCCAAAGAACGAAAGUCAGGCACAUAAUUUCAUGUCAAAACGUAUAAUGCUGCCGUUCAGGGUGGAUAUAUACCCUUUAGCUGUGUUAUUUGAAGAAGCUGUGAUACUAGGUGUAGCAAGUGAUGCUUCAAUGUUCCGUUAUAAUUCUACAUCAUCAUUUUGUCAUCCCAGUCGAAAUCUGCAUGAUCUUCCAUAUUGCUCUAUAGAGAGAACUAGUCAAGUUUAUCUUCAUCACAUACUUAAACAGCUCUUAAAAAGAAACCUAGGUGUCCAGGCGCUAGAUUUAGCGAGGUGCUGUACGGAGCUGUCAUACUUUUCACAUGUAUUAGAACUGUUGCUUCACGAGGUACUCGAGGCUGAAGCUACAUCAAAAGAACCUAUACCAGAUCCAUUGUUACCGCGUGUUGUAGCAUUUAUUCAAGAGUUCCCAGAAUACCUGCAGACAUUUGUUCAGUGUGCAAGGAAAACUGAGGUUGCUCUCUGGCCACAUUUGUUCACUACAGUCGGAAACCCAAAAGAUCUGUUUGAGGAGUGCCUUAUAAAUGGGAGGUUAGAGACUGCAGCAUCAUAUCUCAUUAUACUUCAGAAUCUGGAGAAACCUAUUGCUAGUAGACAGCAUGCAACAUUACUGUUAGACUCUGCUAUAGAAGACAGACAGUGGGAACUAGCUCAGGAUCUAGUCAGAUUCCUCAAGGCUAUAGAUCCUAAUGAUGCUGAUGCGUCUCCGCCUCUAGUGUUCAACCAGGGGAAAGUACAGCCAGGGUCCUAUAUUGGAAGUCCGGCAAUGUCCCGGGAGGAGUGUGACUUCACCUUCAGUAGUGUCAGUAACGUAAGCCGGAUUCGGAGCUCCAGUGUCACAGCAGAGUCAGCUGUGAGGGAGGUAUCAAAGGAGAAGGUCAAACUUACACAUACCAAGUCUGAUAAUCAGAUGAUCUCAAAAAGACCAUCACCCCGCCCCGUUCAGACCAACUCCACUGCCGAUCAGGUUUACAUAGACUCAAUACUGUUCAGACAUGCAAGAAAAUUGCUCUCCUCCAACAGACUCAAAGAUCUCGGAUAUUUUGCAGCAAAUAUCAAGGAUUUCCACAUGGUAGCAUGGCUGAAAAAAGAAAGGUUACGUUCCGGUAAAGUUGAAGAUUUUGUGAGUGCUUUGAGAGAUAUUCACCAUCAGUUUGAAUGGCCACUACCUGUAUUGUCACUUUCAGCAUUUCAACAACUCAAAAGUAAAGCAUUUUCCAGCUCUAGUCUUGCAUCACUAUCCUUACUAGAUGAGGAUGUUCCGAAUGCCAGUUACCCUGGACAGAAUGCUACACUUGUACCCCAGUCAGCUGACACAGACAGUAGAGGGAGACCACUCCCUAAGAACAUCAGUUUUGUAUCAACAGAAGUGUCGGAUGAUGUGGUUCUUAAACCACAGUUGUCAAGAGCAGAUGAAGGUAGUUUAGCCACUCUGGAGAUCUCUGACACCAGCUCUUUAUUCGGAGACUUUGAUUUCCUGGCAGACUCCAGUAGUAGUUUAGACAGCCUGUCUCCAGAACUGGAACUUCUGUCACAGGAGAUUAUAUCUAAGGGACCAGGACAGUCAGAACUUGAACUCAGGUAUUUGUUUCAAGUGUUGUUGGAAGGAGGAUGCCUGGAAUGGGCGUUGAUUAUAUCUAUAGUUCUACGAGAUUCCUCAUCUGUGAUACGCACAAUCAAUACAGCUAGUAUGACUGACACGCCCCUUGAGAUUGUUGCUAGAAUGAGAGAGGGGCUAUCUUAUCUUGAACUGUGGUCAGAUACUGAAUGUGUCGGAUACAAGCCUUUCUUACAUGCAAUACGAAGUCAAAUUCAAGUUCUUACAAAGAUUGCAGAACAGGCCCCACCCACACUUAAACUGAACGCAGAUGUAGACUGUGUCCCAGCUACAGUUGAGGAAGGGAACCUGUCCCCUGGUACCAUGUCAAUACAUGAAGGUCAAGGUCAGGCAGACUCGCCACCCAUACAGGAACCACAAAAACAACAUGAAUGUGCUAUAUCUUGAUACUGUGUUUAUAAGUCAGUGCAUGAGCACUUACAGACUAUCGUGUUAGUGCAUGAGCACUUACAGACUAUCGUUAUAUAUUUUGAAAGCAGUGCAAACAGUAAGUUAUUUAUGCACAUAAGUGCUAUGGCCAAGAUUUGAAGUGCAUUCUGGUAUAUUCGCACUUGAUACAGACAGUUGCAGUAUGAGAUACCACGUGAGGCAAGUCUUCAUAAGUGUGAAAGUACAGAGAGCUUCAACAGAGAACAAUGUAGCUUUAACAACAAAAGGUCAAAAACCCUGUGAGAAAGAAUCAUGUAUUUUAAGGAGAAUUGAAAUUUUGCACAAUUCAAAUGAACAAUCAGUUAUAAUUUGAAAAGUAAAAAAAAAUACUCUUGAUCCCUGUGAAUGGUAAUAUAUUUGGCUAAACAUUUGUGCUGUCAUCAUGGGUUUAGUUGUGGGGUAUUAGAAUAUGCACAUUUAAAAAUAUGUUAGAGGCCUGAAAAUCUAGGGAACAAACAUGGUGUUUCCAAAUAUAUGUUAUAACAAGCAAUACUUCACUGGGAUUAAACAGAAAUCAUUCCCAAAAGCUUUCAUCUUGAAUGAAGCAAGCAUUAAUUAUUUUUAGCUCACCCGAGCACAAAUGCUGAGGUGAGCUAUUGUGAUCGCCUGGCGUCCGUCCGUCCGUCUGUCCGGCCUUACUUCCCUUUUAACAACAUCUCCUAAACCACAAGGCCAGUUUUGAUGAAACUUCACAGGGAUGUUCCUUGUUCCUUGGAUGGUCUUCUUUAAAAAUUGUUCAAAGAAUUGAAUUCCAUACAGAACACUGGUUGCCAUGGCAACCGAAAGGAAAAACUUUAAAAAUCUUCUUGUCUAAAAUCAAUGUCGUUGGGCUUUGAUAUUUGUUAUGUAGCAUCAUCUAGUGGUCCUCUACCAAGAGUGUUCAAAUUAUUCCCCUAGGGUCAAAUAUGAACUCACCCUGGGGGUCACAUGGUUUCUAUAGAUUUAUAUAGGGAAAAAAUUUGAAAAUCUUCUUGUCCAAAACCACAGGUCCUAGGGCUUUGAUAUUUGGUAUGUAGCAUCAUCUAGUAGUCCUCUACCAAAAUUGUUCAGAUUAUAUCACUAGGAUCAAAUAUGGCCUGGCCUUGGGGUCAAAUUAAUUAUAUAGACUUAAUAUUAUAGGGAAAAACGUUGAAAAUCUUCAGGUACAAACCCACAGGGCCUAGGGCUUUGAUAUUUUGUUUGUAGUAUCAUCAAGUGGUCCUCUACCAAGUUUAUUCAAAUUAUCCCCCUAGGAUCAAAUAUGGCCCCACCCUGGGGGGUCACAUGGUUUAUAUAGACUUAUACAGGGAAAACUUUGAAAAUCUUCUUGUACAAAACCACAUGGCCUAGGGCUUUGAUAUUUAGUAUGUAGCAUUGUGUAAUAGUUCUUUACCAAGAUUGUUCAAAUUAUCCCCCUGGGGUUGAAACUGGCCCUUAUGGUUUAUAUAGACUUAUAUAGGGAAAAACCUUUUAAAACAUCUCUUUUCUGAAGCCAUAAGGCCCAGAGCUUAGAUAUUUGGAAUGUGGCAUUCUGUAGUGGUUCUCUACCAAGAUUGUUCAAAUUAUGACCCUAGGGUCAAUAUAGGCCAUGCCCAGGUGGACCCUUGUUUUACAUAGACUUAUUUGUUUUUGAAGCAAUAGCAAAGAAAUUUGGACCACAAGUAUAAUGUUUGAUACAGAUUUCAAUACUCAUCUUGAAUAGUCAUAAUCAUGACCUACUGACCUACUUUUUCGUUUUUGAAGUUACAGCAUAGAAAUUUUGACCACCUGUAUAAUGUUUGAUACAGAUUUCAAAACUCAUCUUGAAUAGUCUUAAUCGUGACCUAAAACUCAUCUUGAAUAGUCUUAAUCGUGACCUACUAACCUACUUUCAUGUUUUUGAAAUUUCAGCAAAGAAAUUUGGAUCACAUGUAUAAUGUUUGAUACAGAUUUCAAUACUCAUCUUGUAUAGUCGUAAUCAUGACCUACUGACCUACUUUCUUGUUUUUGAAGUUACAGCGUAGAAAUUUGGACCACAUGUAUAAUUUUUGAUACAGAUUUCAAUACUCAUCUUUAAUAUUCUUAACCCUGAUCUACUGACUAACUUUCUUGUUUUUGGAGCUACAGCAAAGAGAUUUGGACCACCUGUAUAAAUUUUUAACAGAUUUCAGUAGUUAUCUUGAAUAUUCUUUACCACAACCUAUUCACCUAGUUUUUUUGUUUUUAAAGCUUGAUAAAGAAAUUUGUUCAAGCAAGCAACUAAACUCAGGUGAGUGAUGUAGGGCCAUCAUGACCCUCUUGUUCUGUUUUCCUACAUAUUACUUUCUUCAAAGGAAUAUUGCUUACCUCUUUUCAUACCUUUUAUCACAGUUUUCUAAGAGAAAGCAGUUUUACCUUUUCCAGGUUCAGAGGAUGGGUAAAAAAUAUAUGCCUAGCUACUCCACUGAUCAGUUGAAUAAUAAGUACCUUGGUACCACCAGCUUCUAGGUUCAUAUUUAAAAUGUUUGAAGUUCAAAAACUACUAUAUUUGUUACUCAUUGCAAAAUGAAAGAAAGAAUAAAUUGAUUAAAUGAUGUUUAGGCUGAUUUUAUUGAAAAAAGUUGGUGUAGUCUCUCAAACAUGUAAAUAAAGCUAUUUACUAUGUUAGUAACACAAGAAAUAUCUGGUUGUAAGUAUAAGAGAGAUAGAUAUUUCAAUCUGUUUGAGACAAAUUUGGAUUUUUAUGUCUGGAGACAGGCCCAUGUAAUUAUUGUUACUUUCUUGCUAAACAUACCACCAUCUGACACAGUAUUCAAGUGUAGGUGUUCAAAUGUUCUGGUGUGAAUGUGUAAAAGUGUUCUGGUGUGAAUGUGUGAAAGUGUUCUGGUGUGAAUGUGUAAAAGUGUUCUUGUGUGUAUAUGUAAAAGUGUUCUGGUGUGAAUAUGUAAAAGUGCUCUGGUGUGAAUGUGUAAAAGUGCUCUGGAGUGAAUGUGUAGAAGUGUUCUGGUGUGAAUGUGUAAGUGUUCUGGUGUGUAUGUGUAAAAGUGUUCUGAUGUGUAUGUGUAAAAGUGUUCUGAUGUGAAUGUGUAAAAGUGUUCUGGUGUGAAUGUGUAAAAGUGUGCUGGUUUGAAUGUGUAAAAGUGUGCUGAUGUGAAUGUGUAAAAGUGUUCUGGUUUGAAUGUGUAGAAGUGUGCUGGUGUGAAUGUGUAAAAGUGUUCUGGUGUGAAUGUGUAAAAGUGCCAUUUUAAGUAAAGUGAAACUGAUGAAUGAGAACUGUUUUGAGUUGGACUGUGUAAAUUGAUCUUUUGGACAUUUCACAAUAUCUCAAAAUAUCUUUAGUAUGAUACAAUAUAUAUUAAAAAAAUAUGCAAAACAAAAAAUUAUACCAUUUAAUUUUAGGGAGUUCCAGGUAUCAUAAAGUGUAUUCAUAUUUUCUUAUCAUUUUAUUAUAUCAUAUCUACUUGAGGCUAUUAACAUUGAUGUAACUUUUAAGUAUGUGUUCUUCCAUAAUAAAUUGCCAUUUCAUCUCUGGUGACUAUUACAGGUGAUUAUUCCACAUUCAGUUCAUAAGUGUAAUUUAUUUUAUCAAAUAUAAUAUAUUGUAUAGGUUUUAUAUUAUCAUAUUUGUGUCAUUGAAUUUCCAUAAUGCUUUAGAUUUAAUAUUUAAAAAAAGAACAGAUAAAGCAGCUACGGAAAUAGAUAGUGUCUUAACCCUUAUCAUGCUGGACAUGACUGAUUAUGCCUUUGCGACCAGUGUAGAUCAUGAUCAGCCUGCACAUCCAUGCAGUCUGAUCAUGGUCUGCACUGUUCCCCAUUCAGUAUCUUUUUGGUAUGCACCCCUUUUAACAGUUAAUGGCACUGUCCAAAUUGAAAGAUGGACAAGUUCAUUAUAGAAAUUCAGCAGGGUAUGGGUUAAUGAUAUGAUUACAGAAGUACUACUUUCUGCAUGGCACAUGAUCUUACACAGAGACCUAAAGGGAGGUAAUAAAAUUAAUGGAUUCAACAAUACUUUCUUCUGUGUUAAUGCAAUAUUUCAAACCAGAGAUAACAAUUUGCUGGAAAUAGUAAAUUAUAAGGAAUUGAUAUAUUUAUUUAUGUUUAUAACAACACACCAUUAUGACUCUACAAGGGUAUCUAGCAUGUUAACAUGCCUUCUUACAGACACAUUUGUUUCUUUUGAAAUAGAUAAAUAUAUAUUAAGGAAAGUCUCUAUAGAUUUAAGUGUUUUGACUUCUCUCAGAGGCAGGACUCGGCAGUCUCAUACAUCUUCAAAGCUUUGUGUCUGGAAUCUGAAUGUAAAAUAGGCCAAUCAGUAUGGUUGAAAAUUGACAAUGCUUUUAUGUAAUUGUUAUAUUUAUUCUCAACAUUUCAUAACAUUGAUGACAUUGGUUCCUGUGGUGGUAAGAACUACCUGAAAUCAAUGUUUCAUUGAAAUAUGUACAAUCCUUACAAAAAAGAAGAAAUAUAAAAUUUAGCAUUCAAAAAGUUUUCAUUCACAGACUUGCUUAAUAUUUACCAGUUUGUUCUGUGAUAUCAGAACUUAUUAACUGAGCAAUUGUUAGCGUGUGGUAUGAGGGGGGUUGGAGAAUGUUCUGAUAUGAAGUUUAUUACAUUUUUAACAAUUUUACAUAUAUAUAUUUGACAUUUUGUAUACAUGUAAAAAUAUCUAUUUUCAUUUGCAAGUGGUAGCAUUUUGCAUGUACCAUCAAGAGGGUAAUGAUGUUGUUUUAGAUAAAUGUCAUUUACGCUCUACAUUGUACUCAAGUAUUUGAUAUAAGAGUGAUCGGUACCCUGUUGUUUGAAAUUUCUUCCACACUAUAAGUUAAAGAUGUAAGUAGGUUGAACAGUAGUAUAAAAUGUGUCUUAAUCCAUGUUGUAAAGUUUUAGAAGCUUUGCCUUUUUAACUACUUAGCUGCACAUUUAAAUAACACAAACUUGACAUUGAAGUCAUAACUUUUGCAGCACCUAGCCAAAACAUGCAAAAUAUAAAUACUUACUCAUGCUCACUUUACAUUAUUUUCAAAAUUUAUGUCAAGUACAUCAAAAUGAGCUGGAUAUAAACCUUUAGGUGGAUAGCUUUAAAACUGAAAAAGUUAAAACCUCCAUAUUGAACAUUUUGAACCUCCCUUGUAGCUAUGUCACUUACAGAUUUCCAGCGGCAUUCUGGUGUUUUGAAAGGAAAAAUCACUUCUUAAUUUACGGUAUGUGCAUACCCAGUUUCAGUUUAACCUGAAGCUGUUGCUGCUGACUGCUCUGAACUAUUUGCCUUGUAUAUGUAAUGCUUCUACAUGCAUAUAUCUUUACACAUUUACUUGUGUGUAACACUGUUAAAAGUGAAGCUUUGUUAUAAAUGGAAGUUAAUAAUUCACCAAAGAUUAAAUUAUAAGUUUGAUUGGUAUUUCAGUUUUUUGGGGCUGGUUCCCUGGUUUAUGAAAAGUUUUAGAACAAAUAAAUUGAACAGUAUAAUCACAUUAGAAAACCUCAUGUAUAUGUAUGUGUACAAUUUAGCAGAAGUUCUAAAACUUUCCCCUUCAGGAAAUGCUGGCUCAGUUUUGAAGGAAGAGUCAACCAUAAUGUUCAUAUUGUUAAGGUUUGUCAAAGCUAUAUAUAAAAAAAUCUUCAUACUUUUCAAAUGAACAUUGAAACUCCAGUGAGUGAUUUUGGAUCAUCAUGGCCCUAGUGUUUAAAGACUUGUGUGUGUAUUUGAAUUUGUGGAGCAAAAUUUUUAUUCUGUUGUUGAUUUUUAGGGUUGUACAUAUUUUUUGCAUGAUUGUGAAUUCGUGGAGACACAAACUUCUUUCUGGAAAAUAUUUUGUUAAGUUAUCUAAAAUCUGGCAUUGGUAGUACUGGAUUAUGUUGUCUUGUAAGUGUAGUAUUUAUGUCUACCAAGUAAACAAUUCAUGAUGAAGCCUUUGUACAUACAGUUUUCACACGUUCUUUGUGUCGGUAAACUCAAAAUUGAUAUGAGCCCACCAGCUUAGCUCAAUAAGGAGAGUGCAGAUCUACGGAUCGCGAGUUCGAUCCCUGGGCAGGGCGUAUGUUCUCCGUGAUGAUUUGAUAAAAGACAUUGUGUCUGACAUCAUUCAUCCUCCACCUCUGAUCCAUGUGGGGAAGUUGGCAGUUACUUGCGGAGAACAGGUUUGUACUGGUUCAGAAUCCAGGAACACUGGUUAGGUUAAUUGCCUGCCGUUAUAUAACUGAAAUACUGUUGAAAAACAGUGUUAAACCCAAAACAAACUAACAAAAUCGAUAUUAGUGUUUAUAUGUUUACGCUAUUAGACUUUGAAUAAAUGUUUACAGUUUGACAUUGAUAUAGUUAGAAUGCAAGUUGUACUCAGUGUUUAGCAUGAACAUUACACAAAAAGAAAACACAGCACUUUUAUUAGCUCAUCUGAUUUUUUUAGAAAAAAAUGAUGGGUUAUUGUCAUCACUUGAUCGGUGUUGGCGUCUGCGUCGGCGUUGCCUGGUUAAGUUUUAUGUUUAGGUCAGCUUUUCUCCUAAACUAUCAAAGCUAUUGCUUUGAAACUUGGAACACUUGUUCACCAUCAUAAGCUGACCCUGUACAGCAAGAAACAUAACUCCAUCCUGCUUUUUGCAAGAUUUAUGGCCCCUUUUGUCCUUAGAAAAUAUCAGAUUUCUUGGUUAAGUUUUAUGUUUAGGUCAACUUUUCUCCUAAACUAUCAAAGCUAUUACUUUGAAACUUGCAACACUUGUUCACCAUCAUAAGCUGACCUUGUACAUCAAGAAACAUAACUCCAGCCUGCUUUUUGCAGAAUUAUUGCCCCUUUUGGACUUAGAAAAUCAGGUUUCUUGGUUAAGUUUUAUGUUUAGGUCAGCUUUUCUCCUAAACUAUCAAAGCUAUUGCUUUAAAACUUGCAACACUUGUUCACCAUCAUAAGCUGACCCAGUACAGCAAGAAACAUAACUCCAUCCUGCUUUUUGCAAGAUUUAUGUCCCCUUCUGGACUUAGAAAAUAUCAGAUUUCUUGGUUAAGUUUUAUGUUUAGGUCAACUUUUUCUCUUAAACUAUCAAAGCUCUUGCUUUGAAACUUGCAACACUUGUUCACCAUCAUAAGCUGACCCUGUACAGCAAGAAACAUAACUCCAUUCUGUUUUUUGCAAUAAUAAUUGCCCCUUUUGGACUUAGAAAAUCAGUUUUCUUGGUUGAGUAUUAUGUUUAAGUCAGCUUUUCUCAUAAACUAUCAAAGCUAUUGCUUUAAAACUUGCAACAGUUUUUCAUCAUCAUAAGUGGAUGCUGUACAUCAAAAAACAUAACUCUAUCCUGCUUUUUGUAAGAAUGAUGGCCCUUUUUAGACUUAGAAAAUCAUGGGUAGGACAAUUUUUCUAUUAUACAAAAAAAUCAGAUGAGCGUCAGCAUCUGCAAGGCGGUGCUCUUUUUUUCAUUAAGUACUUGCUGUACAUUGUUAUAACUGCAUAUACAGAAUCAUAUAUUUGAGGAUGCCAACUUUCUGAAAAGAUUGAAAAGAAUUAGAAACUCUUAAAGAUUGACACUCCAAGAGGUGUUUUCUUUUUGUUAAACUCUUCCAUGUUCUUGGAUGGCUUAACAUUGUUUUUCAGUAUCCAGACAGUCCCAUCCCCACUAAAUCUCCACAUCCUCAGUUUUAGUUUCUUAAUUUGAAUGUUUUCUUAGUCUUGCAUUGUGAACAUAUAUCAUUUGACCCUACAAUGACAGUAACUAAGGGGCACAUGUGUUGUAUGCUUACACAUUUUGUUGCAUGUGAAAAGGUCAAGUGGAAGCAAUUGUAUUUUUAUGUUAAACAUUUUUUCUUAUAUUUUCAUUUCUUUUGUAUUGUUUGAAGAGACGAAAAUGUUAGUAGGGAACAUGUUUUAUAUACUUCUGUGAUACAUAUAUAUUUAUUAAUGAACAGUCAGUUUUUACCUGUCAGAUUGUUUGAAUUUUUAAUGGUGGUUAAUAUUGAUUAGGUAAUGAUUUGGUUGAAAGCUAUGCCCUGCAAAUACUACAAUUUUUUUUCAAAAACUGUCAUGUAAAAUCCUCUAAUACAGAGAUAAAAUGAUUUUCAUGCUUGGAAUUUCUUAACUCUUGUUCAGUAACUGGAGCAGUUUUGAAAUUGUAGAACUGUCUUUCAGUGACCAUGAAUAUGACCUACAUAUACUGACCUACUUCCUUGUUUUUGAAGCUUUAGCAAAUGUAUUUGUUCAAGCAAGCAACUUAACUCAGGUGAGCGAUAUAGGGCCAUUAUGGCCCUCUUGUUUAAAGAAGUUGUGAUGUUGCUUUUUAUCAGUAUUUCUGUCUACUGGUGAAAGUCUAUUUCAUGUAAUUGUAACUGGUUUACAAAUGUAUAAUUAUAUGCUCUUGUGAUUGUUUUAACCCUUAGACUGCUAAAUUUCUAAAAUGGACUGGUCCAUCAUUCAAUUUGGACAAUACCAAUUAUUAUUCACACUGAAAAUUUACUGACUGAAGAGCAAACAGUGCGGACCAUGAUCAGACUGAACUUCCAUGCAGGCUGAACUUCCAUGCAGGCUGAUCAUGGUCUGCACUGUUCACAAAGGCAUAAUCACAUGCGGCCAGCUGGCUAAAGGUUAACUGUAAUUUACAACUUAGACAAACUGUCAACUUAAAUGAUAUUAUUUACUAUUUAAACAAUUUUUAUGAAAAAUUAUAGAACAAUUAUCUUUCCAACAUCUUUCUUUCUAUUUCCUGUUCAGUUGUAAAUGUAGAUUAAUGUCAAGAACCUGUAAAUUGAGUGUUUAUCUAAAGAAACAUUUCCAUUCAGAUAAACCUUCUGUCCAACAGAGAUUAUAGCUUUCACAUAAAAAGGCCAUGACAUUAUUAAGUAAGGUUUUACAUAUUUAUCAAUGAGGAAUGUUAAUUUUUUUAUAAAGUCAGGGCGCAUUUUGAGGGUUUAAAGGAGACCUACCAUAAGUUAAUCUAUAAACUUGUUGAGUUAUGAGAGUUUCCCUUGCAGCCUCUAAUUUUGUAUUUACUUUAUUAAGUGUGUUGUUGAUGAUCAUUUUAAGUGAGAAGGGUAUUAUUGUAAAAUGCAUUCUCUCAUCUGUAGUAUAAAUGUUAUCUCACAUUUUAAUGUGAUAUGUAAAUAAAAUAUGUCAUCAUUU